UGUGAUUUCACCCGAGAGCAGGUUGUUCCUGACGUUGUUGAUACUUCUCCAGCAGAUGUAUUGGCCGUCUCGUAUGGCCAGCAUAGUGUACAAUGCGGUACGGUUCUUAAACCGUCCGAUGCACGCAAACAACCGACUGUGAACUGGCCAAGUGAUUCGCAAAAGCUCUAUACGCUAAUGAUGGUCGAUCCAGACGCACCAUCUCGUAAGAGACCAACAAUGGGUCAGUGGCUACAUUGGCUGGUUGUAAAUGUACCUGGUUCCAGUAUUGACCAAGGUCAAACACUCACUCCAUAUGCUCCACCAACACCACCGUCGGGCAGCGGCUUGCAUCGAUACGUAUUUCUGGCGUAUCAACAAUCUGCGCAACUUAACGCAAAUUCUGUUUCUCAACGUCCCAAGUUCAGCGCCAAGCAGUUUGCGUCCAAUAAUGGCCUGGGCGCUCCAGUUGCUGGAAACUUCUUCCAAACUGAAUCCCGUUAA